AUCUGGAUCGGACCUUCAUUUUGGGCUCUGUGCUCGAUGCGGAGUCUUGUUCGACAUAUUCACUGGGACACGUGCAGAGCCAAUGGGAGUCCCUCCGGGGAGGGUGUGUCGUUCGUUCAUAAGAAGCGGUUAUGGGGGCUGGAGCAGCAUGGCAACACGCAGCGCGCGCCUCCGCUCCCCCUCGCGCCACCUGCGCGCGCGCGCACCCGGCGGCCGCCACCUCGGCCCCGCGCGCAGGAAGCGUGUCCCGCGCCGCGCUCCGUCCGGGGAGGUCUCGCGAUAAGGCGUCGCCUGCCCGGCCCCGGCGGUGCCGUUGCCCCCGCGCUCAACAUGUCGCUCCGCCGGGCGCUGGCGUUGGCCGCGUGCGGGCUGGCCGGCGGCUCCGUGCUCUUCUCGGCCGUGGCUGUGGGGAAGUCGCCGGCCCGGGACGCCGAACCGGACCCCGCCUCCGGCACCGCCCCGAGGCCGCCGCUCCUACCGCCGGGUGCCGCCUUGGGGCUGAUGCCUCUACCGCCCGCGGCAGGCCCGAACUGGUGCGCCCGACUUGAGGACCCGCCCUGGCUGGGGAGACCCGCCGGCGUCGGCUACUGGGACAGCAACUGGGACAGACGUGAACCACUGGCUCUUGUUAACCUGAAAAAGAAAAAUGAAGAGACUGGGGAAGAGGAGCUUGCCUCUCUCCUGAAUCACUGCAAACCAAAAGCUACCAGGGACAUAUUUCUUAUCUGCCAUUCUCAGUACAACUUGGAUGGCCGAGCCGAUGAGGACAGAGCUUUGACCCCCCUGGGUCGUGAACAGGCUGACCUGACUGGGCACAGGCUGGCAAGCCUGGGGUUGAAAUUUGAGAAGAUUAUCCACUCCUCCAUGGCCAGAGCUACGGAAACUACAGAAAUCAUCAGUAAAUAUCUUCCAGGGGUCAAAAAAAUUAGCACUGAUCUGCUGAGAGAGGGAGCUCCUAUAGAACCGGAUCCUUCAAUUUCUCACUGGAAGCCAGAAGCUGUGCAGUAUUACGAAGAUGGGGCUCGCGUUGAGGCUGCCUUCCGAAAUUACAUUCAUAGAGCAGAUGCAAAGCAAGAAGAAGAUAGCUAUGAAAUCUAUGUCUGCCAUGCAAAUGUGAUCCGCUACAUAGUUUGCAGAUCUGAUAUUGGACCAAUGUAUCGGUGCACCUCUGCUUUUCAUUGCAGUGCUAAUGGUUACUUGACAAGAGCAUUACAGUUCCCCCCAGAAGGCUGGCUUCGGAUGUCCCUAAAUAAUGGCAGUAUAACACACUUGGUGAUUUGUCCUAAUGGAAGAGUGGCGCUUCGAACGCUUGGUGACACAGGAUUCAUGCCUCCAGAGAAAAUCACACGCACCUGAGUUAGUACCAUUGAUGGCCAUUCUGGAGCUGCCUCUAGUCUCUGUACACUAGUAUGUUCAGCUACGGUACCACUGGAAUUGUUUGUAAUACCAGGAGUGAUGCUGUUAAAAUUGUAUGCUAACUUCCUUUCUCCUUCACACAUGCCAGGCCUGCCUUUCAGUCUAGAAAAGAAGAGAUUCCAUUUUACAUAUGAAGAGAUAAAGUUGCUCACUUAAAUUCAGCAACCUUGCUCUGAGCUAUGGAGUAUGGAAAGACUUAAUAAUUUUGUUCCCAGUGCAACCAAGCAUGCCAACUGCCUGGCUGUAAAGUGAAAGGUCCUCUUCCCUCUUUAACCGGAGCUUGGGUUUUUUCCAAGGACUUUAUUUUCCUUGUGGUAAGGAGCAAAAUGUGCAGAUCCUGCUGAGAGCACCCUCUAUCACGCUAGGCUUGAUAUUGAAGACAAGCAAAGCUGCUUAACUCUUGCAGAAGACAUGGAUGAUUUGUGUAGAAGUUCUGCUGUACAGAUAUGAGUGGCUGUGCUUUCAGUGAACUAGUUUAUGUGUUAGAGAGGGAUGUUGCACAACUCUUCUGCUUGUUGAAGUCUUGUACACAUCAGUUUGCUUGGUGGUAGUGCAGAUCCUUCUUUCAAAUAUACCUGUGUUCACAGUGGAGCUUCAGUGCUGUAUUAACUGCUGUCCAAGUUCAGCAUUUUUCCCCCUUCUCAGGAAGAAGUUAUUUUAAAUAAUGUUUGCUUAAGCAACAGUCUUUUACACUGCUAUUAUCUCAAGUCAACUUACUCUAUGGAAGUGGCUAGGGAACAUUGGUAAUCUUCUGUAAUAGUAGAAAUGGAAGAAAAGGAAAGGGGAAGGACAAAUAGUAAUGUUUCAGGCUCUUUCUCCAGGCAGAUGCUAGCUAGAGAAGACCUAGGGGAGGGGAGGCACUGAAGAGAGACUCAUUCCUUCCCUCCCCUCCCCAGUAGCUUUUUAUGUAACUUUAGUUUUUUCCUUGCCUUUCACAGGCAGAUGAACUGUGCUGGCAGAAGCCUCUUUCAGGAUAGGGAGGAAGGUCUUGGGGAGAGAGAAGCCAGUGACAAAGUUAAAUCACUGCUUGUCAGUGCCAAGUUAUCAAGGGAUUAUAGACAUUCACACUCCAGAACCUUCUAGGGGAAUACAUUCAGGCAAAAAGUUCAUGUACUUUUUAUAGAAAACUAAAGCUGGUAUUCAAGGGUGAUGCAGCACAUGCUCUAUUCUCUUCAGGAUGUCUGAAAGGUGGCAAACAUGGACCGUAUAAAUGAUUAGGGUGCUGAAAAACUAGGGUCCCUAAACUUAAUUGGGUGAUGGCAGGAUCUGUCAAGCCUGAGAUUUCCUUUUAAAAAUCUCUUUGUAAUUAGUUUAUACAUCUCUCUUUCUCCAUUGUCAGCCAUCCAAAGCUUUAAUCAUGGAAGUCAUUCCUAGUCAUGGAAGUCAUUCUCUAGGAAUUCAUGUAGCUGAAACCAUGAGCUUGAUGCAAAAUACUGUGCGACACAGAUGACAGUUCAGUAAAACUGGGACCAGUAGAGCAGCUAAAUCCUGCAGGAGAAAAAUGCAUGUGAGGGAAAUUAAAUAUGGGGUUGUCAAAUCAGUGCAAGAAACUGUAAUGUAUCUACUUUGUUGGCUUUAAAAGUUUUGAAUAAAAAUAACUGGUCUGCCUCUUA